AUGGCUCGCCCUCCAGAUACCACAUGGGAGCUGUUUCACAACCUCAGAGUCCACCCGAGCUGGGGAUAUGUUAUUUAUCGUACUACCUACUCCUCUGUAUCUGACGCACACUUCUCCACCGUGUUCAACUAUCUCGAAGCCUGCAUCAGAAAAUCAUUCUUUGCAGAAGCAGCAGAAUAUGCAAGUACUGGGGGAGAUCCCGCGAUCUACCAGGGAAUAUGGGCCCAACACAGCCUUACUGUUAUCGAAGAUGCGAUGCAGCUCGAUGGGGUAUCAAUCGAUUCGAUUCGCGCUCGCUUUGAGGAGUGGGUAGAUGUACAGGGCCAGCGUGAUAAAUUCAAUAAGUAUCGAAUGUGUAUCGUCAUCGAUGAGGAAUGCCUCCAGACGCUACUAGGUACAUCAGCGGAGGCUCUAGACCAGGAAACACAGUACGUUCGAGAUAAGACCGUACGGUACGUGAAGGUUGUGGAAGCGUGGCCGAUAAUCGACGAGGGUGACGAAGACGAGUUUCUGGGAUGGAUGAAGUGUUGGUCGCGCGCGUUAUGGGAUCUUUGGAGCAUGAUGGGCGACGGUGCUGAAAUGAGUUUGUCCUGGGACAAGAUAAGUGAUUUUUGUCCUGGGGUGUAUCGUGGAUGA